AUGUAUUACGCCGGACUGCAAGCAAAAAUAAAAGAAGCCAAUCCCUUAGCAAAAUUUGUACCAUGCUCUGCGCAUUCCCUUAACCUGGUUGGAACUAAUGCAGUUGAUUGUUGUACUCAAGCCGUUUUAUUCUUCAAUUUACUUCAAAAUGUUUACACGUUUUUCACAGGUUCUACUCACCGCUGGAAAGUUCUAAACGCUUCUGUUAAGGGACUUUCAGAAACAAGAUGGUCUGCUAGAGAUGACGCUUGCCAAUCUCUGAACAAAAACUGUGGAAUUCUCAACAAGUUAAAUAAUUUAGAAACUGCGUUCCUAUCUAUAUUCUGGGGUCAAAUAUUACACCGAUUCAACUUAACGAGCAAGAAAUUACAAGCUGUCAAUAUCGAUUUGGGUGUAGUGUGUGAAUUGUAUAAAUCAUUAAUAACAUAUAUCAUUGAUUUACGCUCUGAUAAAAACUAUGAGUAUUUUAAACAAUGUGCAAUUGAAAAAAGUAAAAUUAAGCAGUUUCAAUCCUGUACCAAACGAUUAAAAAUAAGAAAACAAUUUUUUGAUGAAGGGCCAUCUAAAGAAACAACAGUUGAAUACUCUGAUUUUAAAGUGAAAACUUAUUUUGUUAUACUUGAUCAACUGCGGUCACAACUAGAAAAAAGAAAUGAAAAAUAUGAAAAUCUACUUAAAAAUUACAACUUCUUUUUCAAAUUAACAGAGAUGACAUCAAUGAAAGUCCGAAAGAAUGCUGAAAUACUACAAAAUGAAUAUAAAGAUGAUCUCAGUACUUUAUUUGCUAAUGAAUGUGUUCAUUUUAGGAGCCACUUAUUAAGUAUCGGUGACGAGGCUCCUAAGACUAUCCAGGAUAUGUGUGGUUUUUUGAGAAAAAAUGAUUUAAUAGGAAUGUACCCUUAUAUAGAUGUAUCUCUCAGAAUGCUAUUAUGUACUCCUGUAAGUAAUUGCUCGACCGAACGGUCAUUCUCAUGUUUAAAACGUGUCAAAACAUAUCUGAGGUCUUGUAUCUCAGCAGAGAGACUCAGUGAUUUAGCUAUUAUGAAUAUAGAAUCUGAUGUAACAGCUAAAAUUGAAUUUGAUGAUAUUAUCAAUGAAUUUGCUACACUACAAAGUAGAAGAAAAAUUUAG